AUGCCGUUACGAUCAAAGGCCGACUCCUGGAACGCCCUCGGCGCCGGUGAGGAUCGCGCGGUACAAGAUGGCAUCACCGCACAGCUGAGACAGAUCCUUGAGCAGGCCCACCUAUCUGGGAGUGAGCUGAGAACCCCAGCAGCACAGGCGCAGCUGCGGGGAGCGGUCGAGGCUCGGAUACCUCUGAUGCCCGCCACGGUCCAGGCAGCAUACUCCGCCAACCGGCGAGCCAGCGUUGAGAGCUUACUCCACUUGACAUACCACGAGAAGCAUCUCCAUGGCCGACAGGACCGUCCUCGCUCAACGGAAUCACCUUCAUUCUCGAUCGACAGCACCCCUGCGACCGUUUCUCCUGGACCGGUGGUCUUACUGUACGACAGCGCCAUCCGAGUCUCUCGCGCCGGGGCGAGCCAACGGUGUCGGUUCCAGAUCAGCCUGUACCUUGAGCCUCCUAGGAAGGUGUUGGCCAGCACGGCUAUCGACGUGAACCAGCUCGUGUUCAGCAAAUUCACGGAGGACCUGAAGCAAGAGUUCGGAUACGACGAUCUGCAGGACGAGAUCCUGUGGAGAGAUCCUGCGGAGACUGCCGAAGGGCCCCCGCCGGCAAAUACCAUCCGAGGCCAAAACACGUGGGUGACGGCGAUGAUUGAGAUGCAGCAGGCUGGCACGGCGGCCCCCCCCGGCCGAGCUGGGCCCGAUUCAUUUCGAGAUUGGUCCCCAACUGUCGACAGGUUCGUGAACCCCACCCUCCUCCUCCUCUUCUUCCCCGAGCGCCACCCAAAGCGGCCGUCUGUUUGUCAUCGCGGGAGUGACAGCAAGAGCCCAACAGAAGACCCAACCGCCGAUGAAGGGAGGGAAGAGAAUACAGGUCCCGCUGUCGAGGCGCGCGCUACUGGCCCUUCCGAUAACCCGGGCGGUUGGGAUAUCGGACAUGGCCCUCGCCGUACCAGUGACGCUAGUGAUACGGGGGAUAUAGGCGGCGAGAUAGCCGGAGAUGCGAACAGCAGUCAGGACCACAAGAGCCCAUCCCCUCAGCCAGCCGCGCGUGACCCGCCCGAGGUGAUCGAGAUCGGUUCGGACACGGACUACGAUGCGUCCGAGCUCUUCGAGGAGGCGGGCCUGGUCGACCAGGAAGAACGACUUCGUCAGUUCCAAGAGGCACUCAAGAUCGACCAGUACACCGCAGAGCGAUGGGCCGAAUGCCGCCGAUUCUACCAGAUUGCCGAAGACUCCCAGCUGGGAGACCGUCCGUCCGACUUGAUCCCGCUCCGUGGUCUGAAACGGCCGUUGCUACCGCACCAGGCCUUUGCGGUGUGGUGGAUCCUGCACAGCGAAACCACGACUGGCACGGGCGGGUUCGAGGCGGACGACAUGGGGAUCGGGAAGACCUUGAUUGCGCAAGCCACGGUGGUGGUCGCGCGGUGGGUGAUGCGGGCCACCGAGGCCGUGCAGCAGGCGCGAGCGACCAGCGGCGCCACGCACCUGGCGGCCACAAACGUAGACCCUCGCCGGCGAUGUCCCAGCGCGGGUCGCAACCCGUAUCCGAUCUGCUGUCCAUGCGAAUUCGGAAGCCCGACCGGCCGUCUGCAGCCCAGCUGCGGGCUCCAGCUCUUCAUGGUGCCCCCGAAGCUGAUGGUCCACUGGGUCAAGGAAUGGACGUUGAACGUGGACACGACGGUGGUCGACCUCGAGCUCCUCCUCGGGUACAACCCCGCCCACGCGGCGCUACGGGGCGUCGGCUACCGUUUCGUCAGCCAAUUGGAUGACUCGCAGAAGGCGCUGCUCCAGUACCGCGAGGCGCAGGUCUGGGGCCACGCAGCGGGCCUACAACGCUACACCGCGGCCACCGGGGAAACGUUACAGCGCGAGCAGCAGGCACACCUGGAGGAUAUACGUCGGAAUCAGCCUCUCGCGCGACCGGGCCAGGAUCGGUACGUGAUCCUCACGACUCCCAAAUCCUUCCAGACACAGGUGGUCGAGCCGCUCGCGGUGCGGUUUUCGCAGGCGCGGCCACGGCAGCGCGGCCCGAAGGGAGGACUCAGAGCACCACAGCCGCCGGUGCGAUACUUCUUCCGGGACACAACAAUCUGGUCGCGGGCCUUCCGGGACGAGUGCCACGAGGAGAAAGGCCGCCAGACAAAUAGCCUCCGUGCCCUUCGCGGCCUCCGCGGGCCCACGCCACGGGUGGGGCCAUCCACCGAUCCCGCCGACGUUGCCCCAACAACCCCCCCCGCCGGUGUGGUGAUCGAGCGGCCGCAAUGGACCGGCGAUGAGAAGCUUCGGUCCUGCGGCAGCGGUGCUCUGCAACAACUCGGACACGAUUUCCGCCGGGCCGUCCUCCCCAGCUACGAAGUGACUGCGAUCAUCGACCGCUUCCGACAGGUUUUGAACCGGAUCAACUACCUUUCCCGCAAAGUCUCCUCACACUGGCAGGGCCAGCCGAUCAUCACCCUACCACCGCAUUGUUCGAUUGACAUCAACUGCCCGAUUCCCCCCGCGUUCCUGGCACAGCUCCACCACCUUGACCGCACGACCAAUGCGGACUCCCAACGGUUCCCAGGACGAGAGAGGACUCCCGAUUCUCGUGCACCCGGGGUCCAUCUUCGGGCAACCUUACAGCGUCUCCGGGUUUUCGUCACGUUCCCGGCCCUCUAUCCGAUCUACCAAGAGCGGUCGGACCUGCCCCUGACGAUCGAUCGGCUUAGCGAGCAGGGCUGGGACGUCCGACCCGAGGCGUCCUGGUUCGCGACGCAUCUGGCGCAAGUCGUCGACCCGAGCCCGAAGCUCCAAGCGCUCUUCCGCAUUAUCCAUGGGCUGGGGGUCGACUUUGGCGGCCGGAAGGAGAAGCUGGUCAUUCUGUCUAUGUACCCAGUGGUAGCGCUGAUUGUGUAUCUCGCCGUCCGGGCCGACUUUCCCGAACAGCACGCGUCGCUGAUCCUCUCGACGACUCCGAACCGCCAGAGCCUUCUCGAUUCGUUCCAGGAAUAUGAUAUCGGGCAGGUGGUCGACGGGUGGCCUGCGCCGGGCAUCCUCAUAGGCACCACGGGCACCCUUGGUACCGGAGUAACGUGCACGCGCGCAUUCCGGCUAGUCUUGAUGGAACCGUGCUUCAUGGGGCGGGAUGAGCGACAGGCUUUUGCUCGCAUUCGGCGGAUUGGGCAGCAGAACCCGCGCACGUACGGGAUCCGACUGAUUACGGAUAAUUCCGAAUGCGAGACGCGGAUCCUACACCGACAGUUCUUCCGGCGGCGGCUCCAAGAGGCUGAGGAUGUUCCUAAAACACGAAUAGUUGGCUCCCCACGUCCAUCGUAUGCCAGCUUUGAGGAUAUGGUAUAA